UGAUACCAAGCCGGGAGGAUCGUGUAAUUGGGUCCUCAGGUACUGAGGUUUGCAUUUCCAACUUGGGCUUGUCAAUCCGCCUCGAAUUUUCUUGACCUUUUCCCAACCGAAUUAUGCUCGACAUUCCAGUCACAAGGCGAUGCACGGGCCUCGCCCUUGCCCCUGAAGAAGCAAAUCCCCAGGUUUGGCAGCAAACCUUUGCCCCUGAAGAAGCAAACCCCCAGGCCGUGACGUCCCCACCUCAAGCUACAACAAGAAACGACCCCAGGCGUGACGACGCGAUCACAGCCAUCGCGAAAACGCGAUGCUCAAGCUAGGUAGGCAUGUCAUGAACAAAAACUUGAAUCCAAGAAUCCAAAUUCGCACCCAUCCCAUAACGCCAGUUCUGCACCAGCAGCCCAACCCGCCAUGGUCACCUGCACCCCAGUCCCUCUACCCGCCAUCCCCGGUAUGCCGCGCACCUCCCUUCCCGGGGGGAGCCCCUCCUCUGGGCGAGCGCAGCCUCAACAUCGCGCCCCCCGCCGCCGCCGCCGCCGCCGCGAAGCGCGGGACGAAGCGCAAGUCCACCGACGCGCCGUCUGAGGACCCCGAGGCCGUCAAGGCCAUGAUGUUCCCCGCCGAGCUGGACGAGAUGGAGGACGACGACCCGCGCAUUGCGCAGUACCCGCGCCAGACGUGCAACCAGGUGCGCAAGACGAUCCGCACCUGGACCGAGAGCGGCGCCCAGAAGAUCGGCGAGUUUCAGCGCACCAUCGGUGUCUCGGGCCCGGCCUACAACCGCUUCAUGAACCGCGCCGGCACCUGGGCCGGCGAGGAGACGGACACGUACUGGAAGGCCCAGAUCUAUUUCAACCAACGCAAGGCUCUGGGCCUGCCGCUGGCCCUGCCCAAGCCCAAGAAACCCAAGACGACGGCGGCCCCGUCGGGCGACGCCAACCCCGAGGCCGCCAAGAAGGGCGCCGGCCAGGACGCCAAGGUGACCAAGCUCCUCGACGCAUGCGACGAUAUCACCCUCCCCGGCGAGGGCACCGAGGGCGGCGUGCCCGUCUACGACACCCCGUCCGAGAUGCGCAAGAAGUUCCGCGCUCUCCUGGCCAAGGAGGGCGUGUCCAGGGCGGCCUUCAUGCGGGCCCUGAGCAAGAUGAUCCCCGACGAAACGCACGUCUCGGCCCAGAACCUCAAGACCUUCAUGGACCAGACCGGCACCAUGGACGGCAACACGAGCAAGAGCUUCUACGCCGGCUACCUACUGUUCGAGAAGCAGCGCGUCCGCGACGGCAAGCCCAAGUCGGCCUUCCGCCAGGAGAUGGAGGCGCGCCACCAGCCCGAAGGCGUCGAACGCGAAACCAAUCUGAAGACCACGGGCUUCCUCUGCCUCGCCGGCGAGCGUCCGCACAUCGACAAGUUCGGCAGCUUACAGAUGGUGUGAUUAAGGUGCGACUGUGUCGUCACAGAGAGUGCCUCCCGCGGGCCGGGUGGCCCUGUCAAACACGCGGGACUGGAGUUUUGUAUGUGUAUUAUCGGGCCGGCUGCCUGGGUGUUUUUGGUCUUUUGAUGUUGGGUGGUGUAGGUUAGGAUGUAUCGGGUGUGCAUGUAUGAAUCAGGGGUUUUAGGUGUCUAGGCAGGUAAAAGUCAGGGCAACACUGUUGUCAACGUAUUAUCCCCAAGAGAUCAGCUAGGGGAUAUGCGCCUUGUCGGUAUUGCAUCCACCAACAACAACCCCAUCCAUGCAGCGGUUUCAUCUUGGCAGCCAAGGAA